UAUGUAAUGCUCUCCUUGGAUGCAAAUGUAAGGAAUGUGUUUUUCACAGAUCAGUACAUUUCUUCUACUGAGACAGAGCUCAUUUAUAAAACAGUACCUGUGAAAAUGGCAGCACAAAAAAGAAAAUCUAUGCUAGUAGAACCCCCUGCUAAGCGUCGGAAACUGGAUAAGAAUAAUAAAUCAGUAACAACUAGCAAAGAAAGAAAAUUGCUUGAUGCCAAACAUGUAUCAAAUAAAAAGACAGUCCUGAAGAAAGAAAUGCACAAAGUCUGUACCAAAACUAACAGGUCAGCUGUCAAUAAAUCCAUACAUAGAUCGUCUAGACCAUCUUCCCAAACUAAGCGAGCACAAAAACACCCCAAGCAGACUUUAAAUGAAUUAAAGAAGAAAACCUGUAAAACAGUAUGUGGGAAAAGAACAUCCUUGAAGUCUUUAGGUAAAUUAUCUUCUACAAAAACGUCCUUGAAAACUUCCAAAACAAAACAUGCAAAAUAUCUGAACUCUACAAAGACCAGGAUCUGUUCUAGAGGGAAAGGAAAACCCAGUGCUGUCAAAAGUAAGACUUCCCAUGAAAGCAAGAAGCAAAAGAAGUCAUCUGCAGAAACUAAAAAGUGUCCUACUGAAGCUGCAUGUAAUAGAUAUUCAGCAUUGCGCAUUAAAUCUACGCAUAAGAACCUGUGUUCUGAAACAAAAUUGAAAAAUUCCAAAAAGGAUACAACUAAAACUAGUAAAUAUCUUAAAAGUAGCAAUGUUAACUUAGAGGUUCUGAAUUCCAAAAACCUUUGUGCAAAAAAAUCAGCCCCUCAAAACCCUGAACCCACACGGGCUAAAACGUUUGGUGACAAAAAAACUUUUGAUUCAGAUCAGGAAAAAAUAUCUACAAGGUCAAUGGGUACUAAUUCUAACAAAAGUGCUGUCAGAAUUCGGCAAGAGCAGUUACAUUUCACCAAAACUAAGGCAGUAUCUCGGAAGGAGAUGGUACAGGAGUUUUCUAAGUCACGUCAUACUGUUUCACAUGAUGAACGUCAAACUAGAAAGUCACCAAGAUUGCUGCAAUCACCUAUUGUACCUACAAAAUCCCUGCGUAGUAGAAAAAUUAAAGAAGGACCUGUUCCUACUACAAAACAAUGCAUCCAGAUGAAAAAACAGGUUCCAUGUAUUAAAAAAGAAAAGGUGGAAUAUUUCCAGCAGAAAAUGGAAGAGAAGCCCCUGAAAAAUGAUGAUUGUAAAAACUUAGGAAGAGAAAUAACAAGUUUUGAGAAAAUUGAUUCUUUGAAAGACAAUAAACAUGAAGAUUUUAAAAGUAAUGAUUUGACUGCUUCUCAAGACACUCUAAGAGAAUCAAGAAAUAAUCUUGAUUGCGUUCUUCAAGAAUCUAGGAUUGAACCUGCCAACACAAUUUCCUGCUCUAUGACAUCAACUUGCAGUAUAAUAAGUAAGGAAAAGAAGACUGUGCCCCGAAAUGGAAAACUCAGUGUAAAAGCCAAGAGAGUUUUGCCGGCCCCAUUGAAUCUAAAACCUGCUUAUCAGCCAGAGGAGGUGAUGAAGUCCAAAAAGAUUAGCAUUCUUGAGCUAUGUGAGGAAAUUGCAGGUGAGAUUGAGUCAGACACAGUGGAGGUAAAAAGAGAUUCUCCUAAUGCUGAAUAUGGAAAGGAGGAAGAAAGAGAUACAGUGGUAGAGUUGCCACAGCCUGUAAUAUCUACUGAUGAGGAAACUAAACAGAACUCCCAAUGUAAGCGAUUUUUUCCUAGCAAAAAAGGAAUGCCUGUAAAAUGUACUGUGAAUGGCAGACAUAGCAUUGCAAACAAAAACUCUAAAUGGACCAAAAUAAAAUUAACGAAGGUUAAUCAUGUGAAUCAAACUCUUUCAAAUUCUUCAAAUACUUCAAAACAUAGUUUUUUAAAGAGCACUGUUCCAGAGGGACAGCAAGCAGGAGCUGUGGAAAUACACCUUCCAGAAAGCCAAAGGAAAUUGAUACAAUCACAAAACAAUGGUAACACAACAUAUGAUCAGAAGUCGAAUACUGCUUGCUUUGAAGGAAUCCAAACUAAAGAUAGGAUGUCACAUGUUGAAGAGCCCACUAUACAGGCUAUAGAAAAUGGUUUGUUUGAGACCAAGCAUUGUUCUGAACCAACAGCAGAUGAGAGCUUCAACUUACAUUUGGACUCAAGUCCAGAAAAUACACCAAUGAAAAUAAUUACAGCACAGCCACCAGUGAAGCAAGUAAAAAAAGAUACUGCAGAAAUCAAAUCUCAAGGUCCAGCUCCCAAACAGUUGGUUCGAACUUUAUUUGCAAAUAAAAUCCCUGAGAUGAAUGAGAGCAGGGCAGGUUCGCCAAAGAUUUCAUUAGCAUCAAAGUGUGGUGGCUUCCUUUCACCUGAAGAACAUAUUCAAAAAUUAAGAGAAGCAGCAAAAGAUAGUGAUAAGCAGCUAAUCAUAGAUGCAGGACAAAAACGAUUUGGAGCCAUUUCAUGCAAUGUUUGUGGGAUGCUUUACACAGCUUCAAAUCCUGAGGAUGAAACUCAGCAUCUGCUCUUUCACAACCAGUUUAUAAGUGCUGUAAAAUAUGUGGGCUGGAAAAAAGAGAGAAUUUUGGCUGAGUAUCCUGAUGGCAAGAUGAUAAUGGUACUUCCCGAUGAUCCAAAAUAUGCGCUAAGAAAGGUUGAUGAGAUCAGAGAGAUGGUAGAUAAUGACCUGGGAUUUCAACAAGCUCCUCUUACAUGCUCCAGAACUAAGACACUAUUAUUUAUUUCUAAUGAUAAAAAAGUAACUGGCUGCUUAAUUGCAGAACAUAUUCAGUGGGGGUAUAGAGUUAUUGAAGAAAAGAUUCCAGAAGUUAGUUCAGAAAAUGAGAAAGUCACGUUUGAAAGGCAAAAAGCUUGGUGCUGCUCAACAUCUCCUGAGCCUGCUAUCUGUGGCAUUAGUCGCAUCUGGGUGUUCAGCAUGAUGCGACGGAAGAAAAUUGCUUCUCGGAUGCUAGAAUGCCUGAGGAGUAACUUCAUAUAUGGCUCAUAUUUAAGUAAGGAAGAAAUCGCGUUUUCUGAUCCUACUCCUGAUGGAAAGCUGUUUGCAACGCAGUACUUUGGUACAAGCCAAUUCCUGGUAUAUAAUUUUCUCAGUGGACAACAACCUGCUUAAAGUGGAAACAUUUAUAGCAAAACGUAAUGAGAAAUUAUUGCUAAAAUCUAUUGCCUGGUUGCAGCUGUUGACCAAGAGAACGGGACACUUAUUAGCAAUGAACUCAGGAGUAAUAACAACCAAAUGAUGGUUGUUGUAUUUUAUUACAACUGUAAACAGUACAGAGGUAGGGUAAUUUUUUUAAAAAGAUAUUUUUAUAAAGAAAUUAUGUACUAUCUAUAGUAAUUUAGUCAUGUUUACAUGCAGCUUAUAAUUGUUCAUAGUGGACUGUCAACUAGUGCGAGAACUGUGGUCACCUUUGAAGUACAUUUUGAAGUUCACGAUGUAGUAAUAUAUCAGGGCGGUGAGAGUUACCAUUGAUUACAGGUCAUUCGUGUUUUGUAUAGCAGUUAAAAUGUCACAUGUUGAAGACCAGCUUAUACCUCUCAAUAAAAGAUGGUCUGCAGCAUGACACAUUGUUUCAGUAUGUACUUUGGGCAUGUCUACACCAGCCCUAUAUCCUGGGAUCGUCCCUGUGCAUCCAAAUGCCACAUAGGGGAUCCCAGGAGCAUUCAGGCACAAUCUCUCCAUUUUCCAGGGAUAACCCUUAGGUGUAGAAAGGGCCUAAGAAUGGAAAUGUUUUAAACUGAAUGUUACAUUAGCCAAUAAAGAGGAGGAAUGUCCCUGACUUCCUCAGUAAUAGCAAACUGAUAUAUAUCUUCAUUUGUGAACUUCACUUUGAUACUUGAACCUAAACCCCUCCAGUUUCAGAGGGUGCAUGUGUUGAAAAACUACUGUGGCCUUUCUUGACCUGUAUAUAAUGUAGAUUU